CUUAUCCAAAACUAAGUUGCAGCAACCAACCGCACUACCACAGUUGCAGCAUCUCAUAUUCUUCUUCUUCUCAACGGCCGUUAGAAUGUCAUUUUCAGUGUUAAGUUGUUACGGUGUCAGCGGUGCUAUCUCUCUUUCUCCUUCCAACAAUUUCUGUCUUCCAAUUCCCAAUUUCAAUUGUCCCCGAUUUUACUCUCAACCUCAUUCCAAUUCCCAAUUACGUCACAAUCUUGUCAACCCUACACCAUCAUCCGUCUUCGAACUCGGUAAGAUGUUAACUUCCCUUGUUAGAAACAAGCAGUUUCACACUGCUAUUUCACUCUCUCAUCAAAUGGAGCUCAAUGGAAUUCAACCUAACUUUGUUACUUUGAACAUCUUACUCAAUUGUUUCUGCCACCUUAGUCAACUUAAUUUUGCAUUUUCUGUAUUGGCUAAGAUUAUUAAACUAGGUUAUCAGCCUAAUACAGUAACAAUGACUACACUUAUGAAAGGCAUGUGUCUUAGUGGUCAGGUUAAUAAAGCAUUGGAUUUUCAUGACGAUGUUAUAUCAAAGGGAUUUCAGCUUAAUCAACUUAGUUAUGGAAUCUUGAUUGAUGGCUUAUGUAAAAAAGGAGAAACAACAGCUGCCCUGCAGUUGCUUAGAAGGAUUGAAGAGUUAAUGGUUAAACCAAACGUGGUAAUGUACAGUAUAGUCAUUAAUAGUCUUUGCAAGGAUAAACUUGUGAGUGAUGCUUUUCAUUUAUAUUCUGAAAUGAUUGUCAACAAUAUUUAUCCUAAUGUUGUCACUUACAAUACUUUAAUAUAUGGCCUUUGUAUUGUCGGUCAAUUCAAAGAAGCUGUUAGUUUGUUAAAUGAAAUGUUGUUGAAAAACAUCAGCCCGGGUGUUCAUCCUUUUAAUCAAUUGAUUGAUGGUUUAUCUAAGGAAGGAGAGUUGAGAAAAGCUAAAAAUGUCUUAGCUGUUAUGAUAAAACAAGGUGUGAAACCAGAUGUUGUUACUUAUACUUCUUUAAUAGAUGGGUAUUUCUUGGUUAAUGAAGUGAAGGAGGCCAAAUAUGUAUUCAACACUAUUGCUAAAACGGAAGUGAAACCAGAUGUUUGUACCUACACAGUCAUGAUUAAUGGAUUAUGCAAGAAUAAAAUGGUGGAUGAAGCCAUGGAUCUCUUCAAAGAAAUGUAUUUAAAAAACAUCUCUCCUGAUACUAUAACAUACAGUUCGCUUAUUGAUGGGCUUUGCAAAUCGGGGAGAAUCUCUGAUGUGUGGUAUCUUCUUGAUGAGAUGCAUGAUAGAGGCCAUCCUGCUAAUGUGAUCACUUACACUUCUAUAUUGGAUGCAUUAUGCAAAAACCAUCAGUUUGACAAGGCAAUUGAAUUAUUGGCGAAGAUCAAAGACCAACAAAUUCAGCUAAAUAUGCAUACAUACACUAUACUUGUCGAUGGACUAUGCAAAAAUGGAAGACUUAAGGAUGCACUAGUGGUUUAUCAGGAUCUUUUGAUUAAAAGCUACCAUUUAAAUGUGACGAUGUAUACUGCUAUGAUUAACGGGCUUUGUAAAGAGGGCUUGAUUGAUGAUGCAUUGUCCUUAAUGUCAAAAAUGGAAGAUAAUGGUUGCACCCCUGACGGCACAACUUACACAACUCUUAUUGAUGCUUUGUCCAAAAAUGGAAAGAAUGAGAAGGCGAUGAAACUUUAUCGUGAAAUGAUUGCUAGAGGUCUUUUAUAAGAGUCUAACUAGAGAAAACGUUGUCAUUAUGGAAGAAGAAAUAUCGGCGUCACCAUCAGGACUAUUACCAUUCAGAGGAAGAAUUUGACAAUAUAGUUGAUGACCUGUGAGGAUAUUUUUCAGAGGAAGAAUUUGACAAUAUAGAAACAAAUUGCAGCUCAUAUGAAACCAGAAGAACCAGAAGCACGAAGAGUAACAACGACACGAGGAGAAACGACGACUCAACAGAAGAAACAAACAAAAAACAUCAAAACGGAAGAGUUGGAAGAAACAUCUAGAAAAGAGAAACAAUCUGGAAAAUGAAACGAGAGAUGAAGAAAAGAUUUCUACUGCGUACGAUUUUUGGUGAGAAUGAAACGACAGAGUUUGAAAACGAUUUUGCUGCCUUCAAUUUCCAGUUACCCUUUUGUCGAGGGGAGUGGAGCUCAUGGUGUUGCGCUUGUGGAUGAACUUAGGGCUGCAAUUUGUGAGAAUAUUAAUCUGUAUAUGGAUAAGUAUGAGGAGGAGUUUAAGGAAUACGUGACAGGUUUUGCACAUGCUGUGUGGACUUUGUUGCAGAUUGUGUUGCAGUCAACUAGUCGCGAUCAACUUGCCAUCACAGCUAUCAAGUUUUUGACCACGGUUAGCACUGGUCCUCACCAUACUUUGUUUGCUGCUGAUGGGAUUAUACCGCAGAUUUGCCAAGGCAUUGUGAUCCCGGUUGUGAUGUUGAGGGAAGAUGACGAGGAGCAGUUUGUGAUGAAUUAUAUUGAGUAUAUUAGGAGGGAUAUGGAAGGGAGUGAUCUUGAUACAAGGAGGAGGAUUGCAUGUGAGCUUCUUAAGGGGAUUACCAAGUAUUACGGAGAUGUUGUAAGACACAUUGUUUCAACGCAAAUACAGAGUUUGUUAAGUUCCUAUGCUGCAAACCCGGCAGUGAAUUGGAAGCACAAGGAUUGUGCUAUAUACUUGGUAGUCUCUCUUUCAAACAAGAAGGCUGGAACCAGUAAUGUCUCCACAAUCUUAUUGAUGUUCAAUGCUUUUUUCAAUCUGUGAUUGUCCCUGAGCUGCAAAGUUUGGAUGUGAAUGGGUAUCCAAUGCUUAAGGCCGGUGCACUAAAAUUCUUUACUAUGUUCCGGUCUCAAAUAUCAAAACAUGUAGCAUUGCAGUAUUUACCAGAUUUUGUUCAUUUCCUUACUGCGGAGUCAAAUCUUGUUCAUUCUUAUGCUGCAAGCUGUAUCGAGAAACUCUUAAAGGAUGAGGGAGGUAGGGCACGCUAUUGUUCGGCAGAUAUUGCUCCAAUUUUCCCAAUGUUGAUGAACAAUCUUUUUAGUGCCUUGGAGCUCUCAGAGUCUGAAGAAAAUCAAUAUGUAAUGAAAUGUAUAAUGACGGUUCUUGGUGUUGCAGAUAUACAACGUCAUGAUGCUCUAGUUUGCAUUGAGGGAUUGGGGUCACUUCUUUAUGAAGUUUGUAAAAAUCCAAAAAAUCCAUUCUUCAAUCAAUAUCUCUUCGAGUCAGUAGCUAUUCUUGUGAAGCGUGCCUCGGAAAGGGACCCAUCUCUUGUGUCUGUUUUUGAAACAAGCCUUUUUCCUAAGUUUGAUAUAAUAUUUUCCAAUGAUGUGGCCGAGUUUUUACCAUACACAUUUCAGUUGCUUGCCUCUGCUUGUCGAGUUAAACAGACCACCCAUCCCACCAACCUACAUGCAGAUAUUUGAGAGUAUGUUGUCACCUGAUUCUUGGAAAACCGCUUCAAAUGUCCCUGCCCUCGUGCGUCUACUGCAAGCCUUCCUUGAAAAGGCACCAAACGAGAUAAGCCAAGGGGAUAGACUGAACAAAGUACUUGGUAUAUUCGACACACUCAUACAAUCAUCAAGCACUUCUGAACAAGGAUUUUAUGUGCUUAACACUGUCAUUGAAAGUCUUCAGUAUGAAUUUAUUAAGCCUCAUAUUUCUUGCAUUUGGAACGCUAUUUUUAGAGAGAUCCAGAAAAGGCAGACAGUAAAGCUCCUCAAGUCUCUCUUGAUAUUUAUCUCACUCUUUCUAAUUAAACACGGUUCUUCAAAUGUAGUCGAUACUAUCAACGCCGUCCAGCCUGAUUUAUUUAGUGUGAUUUUGACCCAGCUCUGGAUUCCUAAUCUUAAACUGAUUACCGGAGAUAUAGAGCUCAAAUUGACUGCAGUUGCUUCAACCAGACUCAUUUGUGAAUCUCCAGUUCUUUUGGAUUCUGUGUCCUGGGGUAAAUUGUGACACUUCUUACCCAGCAAGAACAAGAUAGGGUUGAGGACCAAGCUGACAUACCAGAUAUUCCAGAAAAUGUGGGUUACACUGCCACCUUUGUCCGACUUCAGAAUGCUGGAAAGAACAAAGAAGACCCACUAAAAGAAAUAAGAUAUCCCCAAGAAUUCUUUAUUGCUUCAUUGUCCCGACUUUGUGCACAUUCCCCUGGAAGGUAUCCAAAGAUUAUCGGUGAAAAUGUCGAUCCUAUGAAUCAGGCAGCAUUGCUUUAACUCUGCAACACUUACAACCUCUCAUUAGUUUGAGACUUUGUGCUGGAAUCUGAUUGGGCACUACUACCUGGAUCCUCAGCCUGUUGCAACAUUUGAUUGGUCUGUUAUCCUCAGCCUACCGCCAAUGGUGCUUCUUGCCUUUCUUGCACCGACACUUUGAAUCGAAUGCAUGUCCAGUGUCCAACACAUAUCAUUGUCCGACUCCGACACACACCAACACAUGUGAAAUUACAUUCAAUAAUAUGAUUUUCUCAACGACACGUAUCAUUGUCCGACACCAACACCGAGUCACUGACACGACUCCGAUGUAUCACUGUCUGGUACCGCCACCGACGUAUCAGUAUCAUAUCAUUGUCCGACACCAACACCGAGUCACCGACACGACUCCAACAUAUCAUUGUCUGACACCGCCACCGACACCGCCAUAUCAGUAUCAUGUCCAGGGUCUGCAUCAAUACUUCAUAGCUUCUUGCAUUGCAAUUGCAGCAAAGUGAUUUUAACAACUAUUAUCAAUUUAUCAUCAUCCAGUUUUGUCAGUGUCGUGGUGCGGUGAUGAACUUAGGUUUCCUGUCAUUUCCAUUUUGAUUUCUGUAGGCAUAUUUGUUUGAAAUUUAAAUUGCCAUUUGUUCUAUUGGCAUUUUAGUGUGAACUUUUCAUGUUCCUAUUUCAAUUUCCUGUAAUUUUGUGAGCAAGUGGUAGUGAACACAGCUGCUGCAGUCAAUUUAGUGCACACUUGCAUAUUGAAGUAAAUGACAGAAGGGUUAUUAAUAACGAUUCCAUGUUUGAUUUUUAUUA